AUGGAUCGGGACGGAACUUAUAGCGAAUGUAGAUUUCUUCUUGAUUCUUGCUCUCAGCCACAUCUCUUGACGACACGAAUGUCAAUUAGAAAGGUUUUGGACAGUAGAAAAUUAUCCGGAAAGAAAAUUUUAUCGGUAGAAGAAAACGAAUGCGAAACUCAUUAUGAGAAGCACACUACUCGAGACGUAGUGAGCGGAAGGUACUGUGUCAGACUUCCCUUUAGAGAAAAUGUAGGCGAGAUAGGAGAGUCGUACACAAAUGCGCUAAAACGAUUAUAUUCCCUUGAACGAACCUUUAUCAAAAAACCAGAAAUUAAAAAUCUUUACAUUGAAAACCUUAGAGUCUACCAUACCAAUGGUUACAUGUCCAAAGUGCGGACAUAUUCAAAGAAGGAAGGCUAUUAUUUACCCCACCAUGCGGUCAUAAAAAACAAUAGCUUAACAACACAGUUACGCGUAGUGUUUGAUGGCUCAGCAAAAAGACCUACAGGCCUAUCCUUGAACGACGUGCUGAUGGUAGGUCCUACCAUUCAAGAUAAUCUUUUCACUCUAUUAGUGGGUUUCCGAUCGCAUCCCUUUGUCCUUGCAGCUGAUAUAGAAAAAAUGUACUUGCAAACAACAGUCCAUCCCGACGACCGUAAGUAUCAAAGAAUUCUGUGGCGGGAAGAUCCGUCCGAUCAAAUAAAGACUUACGAGUUAAACACCGCGACUUUUGGCACUUCGGCCGCUCCCUUUUUAGUGAUUCGAUCAUUGCAUCAGCUAGCGGACGACGAAGCUAUCACUUUUCCUAAAGCUUCUAAAGUUUUAAAAAACGACUUCUACGUCGACGACAUGCUCACCGGAGCGUCGACUAUCAAAGAGGCAGAACAGUUGCGCAACGAGUUAAUCGAAAUCACGCGUAAAGGUGGCCUAAGCUUGAGAAAAUGGGCCUCAAAUGAUUCAAGUUUAAAUGAGCCACUAUUAAAUUGUUCAGAUGAACCAUUUUUUCAACUGAAUUUAGACAUCACUGCUAACACUCUAGGCAUUCAUUGGAAUGCAAAACGAGAUUCAAUAAUUUUCACCGUAAAUCAGAAUAACGAAAAAAAGGCAUUAACGAAACGAGAAAUUCUCUCUCAAAUUGCGCAAUUAUUUGAUUCUCUUGGCCUUCUAGGUCCCGUUAUAGUAUAUGGGAAAAUCUUGAUGCAAAAAAUGUGGCUUAUUAAUUUAGGAUGGGAUGCACCGGUUCCACGCGAAAUUCAUAAUGCGUGGCAAAAAUAUUAUGAGCAGCUACCACUCCUAUCAAAUUUACAAUUCAAACGAAAAUUACUCGUGGAAGAUUGUUCCACUCUUCAAUUGCACGGUUUUAGCGACUCUAGCGAAAAGGCGUACGGGGCUGCUAUCUACGUUAGAUCAACUUCCAAUCAGGGAAGACACGAGACGUAUUUAAUUUGUUCGAAAUCGAGAGUCGCUCCUAUCAAAUCGUUAUCUUUGCCGCGACUAGAGCUGUCUGCUGCUCUUCUACUAGCUCAAUUAUAUGAAGCGACGGCUCAAGCCUUGCGACAUUUAACCUUUGAAAAGGUUAUUUUUUGGUCCGAUUCCACAAUAACGUUACACUGGGUUAACACUUCGCUUAACUUACUCCCGACCUUUGAAAGAAACCGCGUUUCUAACAUCACAGCAAUAACUAGUUCUAUAGAAAAUCACGAAUGGAGACACGUUCGGUCAAAAAGUAACCCGGCUGACCUCAUUUCGCGAGGUCUCAUGCCUAGAGAAUUACUUGAUUCUCAAUUGUGGCUGAAUGGACCAAUCUGGAUGAACAAAAAAGAAGACCUUUGGCCAGAAUCAGUCCUAAAAUUCUCCGAAAAUUCGGAUUCAACGAAACACGUCGCGUCCCUCUCAGUUAAUAAAAUUAAAAUUUUAGAAUCAAGUGCUGAACCAUUCAUGGAAAGGCUCACUGUAAAAAUCUUAGAGCACUUUUCUUCUUCUAAUGAGCUAAACCGAUUUAUUGCAUGCUGUAAACGAGUCAUCCAUAACGCGAAGAGUGAAAUUAAAUUAACAGGAGAGUUAACAAUUAAAGAAUUAAAAAGCGCUAUUAUUACCAUGAUUAGAUUGAUUCAAGAAGAUGGGUUUCCCGACGAACUAAAAUCUUUGAAAUCUAAGGGUCAUUUGAAUGGAAAUCUCAACAAUGUAGCUCCUUUUAUUUAUUCUGACGGAAUUAUGCGAGUAGGAGGUAGAAUCGACAAAUCCAAUCUCUCUUUCUCACAAAAGCAUGCAGCACUAUUACCACACCAUUAUUUUACCGACGUUUUAAUUCGAGAAGAACACAUAAAAUCUAUGCACGAUAAUGCCACAAAUUUUGUUAGCGCCAAUAAUGAAAUUGUGGACAUCCAAAAUCUCUUAUCUUCUCAUGAGCAUAACAAAUCGGUAGAGAUAACACUAACAAACGACAAUAUCGCGUGGCACGUGAUCCCACCUCGUUCUCCACAUUUCGGCGGGCUUUGGGAGGCCGCGGUGAGAUCAUUUAAACAUCAUCUUCUGAGAGUCGUGGGCAACACUCUAUUAACCUACGAAGAUUUACUCACUCUGAUCACUGAGAUAGAGGCAAUCUUAAAUUCGAGACCUCCAACUCCCAUUUCCUCAGAUCCCAAUGACCUAUCCACUUUGACACCUGCUCACUUCCUCAUAGGCGAUUCCUUUAGAAGCAUGCCAGAGCGACAUUUGACAGAAAUUCCGUUGGUAUGA